AUGUUCCGCGGCAGGGAAUUCUUCACUGUCUUCCUUCAGAACGAUGACGAAGGCAUCUACCCCACCAUCGAGCUCCUCUUCACAGCUUACUUUGACUCCACCACCGUGACAGUGAUGGCGACCAGCGGCACCUUCACCGACACCGUCACCCUCGGGAAGGGCAAGACGGUUUCGCUCCACGUGCCUGGGAACAUGCAGCUCGUCGGCAGCCAGGUUUCGGAUAAAGCCAUCGUGAUUCAGGCAGACAAGGAGAUCUCCGUGGUCUCUGUCAACACCAAGAGUUACACCGUGGGUGCCACCGCUGUUUUGCCGGCAGAUAGGUUGGGCAACAGCUAUUACGUGGUGACGCCGGAGGGCACCACAAAAGAAGGCUUGAAGGAGUUUGUUGUGGCAGCUGGGAAGACUCCGGCCACCGUUUCCAUCAACGCCAAGGGCAAGUUUUAUUACAGAGGGAGGAAUUACUUGCCUGGGUCCACCCUCCGCGUCUUCUUGGACAGCUACCACAGCUUGCAACUGCAAAGCAGCUACGAUUUGUCCGGCACCAAGAUCACGUCAGACAACGCUGUCGCUGUCUUCAGCGGACACAGCUGCGUGAAGGUGAACACGGGCUGCGACUAUGUGGUCGAGCAGCUUCUGCCUGUCGCCGCGUGGGGGAAAGACUACAUCAUCCCCCCCAGCCCCUUGCAGACGGCCACCGACUUCGCCUACGUCGUGGCAGCCGAGAAAGAUGUUGCGGCCGGGGAGGUCCGCAAGUUCAAGAUCAGCAAAAAUUCACCUCUUUACCUGAGCGCUUCAGCUGUGAUUCAGGUGGUUUUCUUCUUCACUGGUGCCAAGGGCUCGCUUUAUCAAGACCCCUUCCUACUCAACAUCCCACCCAUCUCCACCUACUGCACAUCCUACUGGGUCAGCAGCCUGGGUGACUACAAGAACCAUGUGGUUCUCAUCGCCCAAAGCGAGAACGCCAGCACCACCACCCUCAACGAGAAUACAGACAGGAGCAUGUCCUGGCAAGCAAUUCCGGGCACAGGCUUCUCCUGGGCCACUGUCACCAUGAGCAAGCCAGAGGAAAUCCAGAGCGUCGAGCACCAGCAGACACCCCUUGGGCUCCUGGUCUUCGGCUUCCAGAAUUACGCUGGUUACGGUUUCACCGGGCUUUGCGCCACGACUUUUGAUCCACUUCCCUGCACAGACCUGGGCUGCAACACGUGCGAGGUGGAGGACAGGGAAACCACGUGCGUCCAAGAAAUCAUCUCGACCUGCUGGGCCACUGGCGCUCUCCACUACCACACCUUCGACGGGAAAGACUUCAGUUUUGUGGGCACGUGCACCUACACCUUGACCAAGACCUGUGAGUCGGAUCCGACCCUGCCCGUUUUCAGUGUCGAGGCCAAAAACGAACACAGGGGUAACCCAAAAGUCUCCUACGUCAACUCUGUGACCAUCCACGUCUACGACAUUACCAUCACUAUCGUCAGGUCCGAGAACGGGAUCGUGAGGGUGAACAACCGUCGGUCCCACCUCCCCAUCUCCCUCGCCCAAGGGAAAGUCCAGCUGCAGCAGAAGGGCAAGUCUGUGCUGAUUAAAACUGACUUCAAGCUGAAGAUCCUCUAUGACUGGGAUGACCACGUGGUGGUGAAGAUCCCUGGUAGGUUCUCCGGCAAAGUGUGUGGGAUGUGCGGCAACAGCAACGGUGACGCCCGGGAUGAUUCCCUCAUGCCCGAUGGCAACCUGGCACAGGACCCCGUGGAGCUGGGCCAGAGCUGGAAAGUGGCCGACAAGAGCCAUCGCUGCUGGGACACCUGCAGAGGGGAGUGCGGACGUUGCCCGUUCGACAGGGCAGCGAAGUACAAGGGGGAGACAUCAUGCGGGUUGCUCACCCAAAGCCUGGGGCCCUUCGAGCGCUGCCACGCCGUCGUCGACCCCAAGGUCUACCUGAAAAACUGUAUCCAUGACCUCUGCCUGAACGAUGGGAUGCACAUCAUUCUGUGCCAAGCCCUCAAAGCUUAUGCGGACAGCUGCCAGGAGAAGGGAAUCACUGUUUCUGACUGGAGGACACUGGCACGUUGUCCUCUCUCCUGCCCGAACAAUAGCAAUUACACCACGUGCGGCACUGCCUGCCCCACCACCUGCAACAGCGCUGUGAUGCCCGCUGACUGUGAUGCCUCUGGCUGUGUGGAGACCUGCAAGUGCCAGGAGGGCUUCGUGUUCGAUGCCAACAAGUGCAUCCCCAAGGCUGAGUGCGGCUGCAUCUUCGAGGGCCUCCUCCACGGCCUCCACGAGGAGUUUUGGGGUGACAGCACCUGCACCAAACGCUGCGUCUGCGACGCGAAUUCCCAGACGGCCGUAUGCCACUGGGCCAGCUGCCAUGCCACGGAAGAAUGCCGGGUGGAGGGUGGCAUCCAGGAUUGCUACCCCAAGAUCUAUAGGACCUGCACAGCAGUCGGUGCCACCCACUACAAGAGCUUCGAUGGCAUGGAGUUCAUCUUCCAGGGCACGUGCAUCUACCAGUUUGCUGGGUUGUGCAAGAAGAUCCAAGGUCUGGUGGACUUCCAGGUGCUGGUGCAGAAUGGCCGCCAGGGUGACGAACAUCUGUCCUCCAUUGCUUUCGUGAUGGUCAAAGUCUACGGCAAAAACAUCGUGAUCAGCCAGGAACACCCCGGCAAAAUCAAGAUCAAUGACCAGUUGGCCAACCUACCGUAUUACCGCAGCGACAGGAAGAUCUCCAUCUACAGAGGUGGGCACGAAGCGGUGGUAGAGACAGACUUUGGCCUCACUGUCACCUAUGACUGGCAAAGCCAGGUCACCGUGUCGGUGCCCAGUGCUUACGCAAACGCCCUGUGCGGCCUCUGCGGGAACUACAACGGGAACCCAGACGAUGAGAUGAUGAUGAAGAACGGCCAAGUGACAUCAAACCCAGACAGCUUUGGGCACAGCUGGAAGGUGACCGACACCCCGGGCUGCGUGGAGCUGUCACAGGUGCAAUGUCCUGCCUUCUCGGCAGUUCUGCAGGACCAGGAGUCCUCGAAGACAGGUUGUGGGAUCCUCACGCAAGUGGGUGGACCCUUCGGAGCUUGCCAUGCUCAUGUGGACCCCAUCAAGUACUUCCACAACUGCGUGCAUGAUUUGUGCCUCUUCCCGGACCAGAAAGGUGUGAUAUGCCUGAUCAUCGCCCGCUACACCGCUGCCUGCCAGGCUGCUGGUGUGACCGUUGGCACAUGGAGGACGGAUGAUUUCUGCAGUAUGUCGUGUCCUGCAAACAGCCACUACGAGAUCUGCUCCCAGAGCUGCAGCCAGACCUGCAGCAACAUCUACACCUCAGUGAAAUGCUCAGAGGAGUGCAAGGAAGGCUGCAUGUGCAACGAAGGCUUCGUGUUCAGCGGCGACGAGUGUGUCUCCAUGUCCCAGUGUGGAUGCCUCCAUCAGGACUUCUACUACAAGGUGGAGGAGACCUUCUUCCCCACCAAGCAGGACAAAUGUCAGUGCCAGGCUGGCGGCACUGUGGUCUGCCAAAGAAUUUCGUGCCCCACAGGCAGCAUAGGCAAGGUCAUCAGUGGUGUCUUCCAAUGCUUACCUGCCACACCUGUGGCCUGUGUGGCCAUCGGUGACCGCAACUAUCUCUCCUUCGAUGGGAUGGCUUUCAACAUCUCGGGCACCUGCUCCUACAUCCUCACGGAGACGUGCACCAGUGACUAUGCUGAACCAUUUGUUGUGAAAAUCAAGAAGGAUGCCCGGCAGAAGAAGAAGGUCUCCGGCAUCCAAGCAUUGUCUGUUGAAGUCUAUGGGCUCACGUUGACCUUGACACGAGGGUGCAAGCACGCACCCGUCAAAGUCUAUGGGCUCAUGGUGACCUUGACACAAGGCAAGAAGGGAACCAUCACAGUGAACUCCAUAUACCACCACCUCCCGGUCAUCCUGAGCAAUGGACGCAUCCAGGUGCACCAACAUGGUAUGGGCGUCCUGCUUCAGACUGACUUCGGCCUCGUCAUACACUAUGACUUCCUCCACCACGUGACGGUCACAGUCCCGAAGAGCUACCAGAACCACCUCUGUGGGCUCUGUGGCAACUACAACGGGCAACGCAACGAUGAUUUCCUCCUUUCCAGUGGCAAACAGGCCCCCAAUGCGAUGGUCUUUGGCGCUGCUUGGAAAACGACUGAUGCGUCCUGCGAUGAUGAGUGCCCCAAGGGUGACUGCCCUGUCUGCACGGAGGAAAAGAAGGUGGUCCUGCAGAAACCCAACUACUGUGGCAUCCUCACGGAACCAAACGGCCCCUUUGAAUCCUGCCACCGCCUCAUCGACCCAGCCCUGUAUUUCCAAGCCUGUGUCCACGACCUUUGCCUCACUGAGGGGGACACCCACAUCCUCUGCCAGAGCAUCCAGAGCUACGCCACUGCUUGCCAAGAUGCUGGUGUCACCAUCGAGGCUUGGAGAAGCCCGUCCUUCUGCCCCCUCAAGUGCCCGGCCAACAGCAGCUACUUCCUCUGCAACAACGCUUGCGUCAACAGCUGCUCAGGGCUUGUAGAUGCCUCCAAAUGCCCCAAAACCUGUGUCGAAGGCUGCCGCUGCGAUAAAGGGUACAUCCUCGAUGGCCACGACUGCAUUCCCAAGGAAAAUUGUGGAUGCUUUGUGGAUGGGGAAUAUUACAAGCCCCACGAGUCGGUCUUCAAGGAUAACUGCCAGAAGCAUUGCACAUGUGUCCCCGGCAAGGGCUUGACUUGCAGCAGCCGCAGCUGCACUGACGACGAAACCUGUGAAAUCCAGGAUGGGGUCUUGCGUUGUGUCAAUAAAAACCCCUGCAAAGCCCUCCAGUGCCGGCCCAAGGAGAGGUGCAAGUUGAAGGACGGCCAUGCCAAGUGUGUCCCAUCCCAGGUUGCCACCUGCUGGGCUUGGGGGGACCCCCACUACCACAGUUUCGAUGGGCUCGACUUCGACUUCCAAGGCACCUGCACCUACACCAUGGUCGAAUCCUGUGGGAAUGACACCAGAUUGGUACCCUUCAAGGUGGAGGGCAAGAAUGACAUCCGUGGUGGGGUGAAAUCAGUCUCCUAUGUGAGCUUGGCCAACAUUAAGGUCUAUGACCAAGACAUCUCCAUCCACCGGAAGGAAUUGGGCAAAGUCAGGGUGAACGGGAUGGUGACGCUGCUCCCGGUGAGCCUGGAGGAUGGCAAGGUGCACAUCUUCCAGAGCGGGCUCAGCGCCGUGCUGGAGACGAAUUUUGGGCUCCGGGUAAUGUACGACUGGAACUGGCAUCUGCUCAUCGACCUCCCCAGCAGUUACUACAAACACACCUGCGGCCUCUGCGGCAACUUCAACUUCAAGCCCGAAGACGACAUCCCCCAGAGCGGCAACAACCUCAACGCCCUGGUAGACUGGGCCAAAGGCUGGAAAGUCUUCGAAGAAAACGACCCAUUUUGCUGGGAUUAUUGCGAAGGCAACUGCCCGGUGUGCGAGGAGGCGGCAAAGGAGCUGUACGGGGGCAACCAGUACUGUGGUCUCAUCAAAAAAAGCUUCCAGGGGCCCUUCAAGGCUUGCCACAAUGUUGUCAAGCCCCGGGAUUUCUACCGCAACUGCCUCUACGAUGUGUGCAUAAGCGCCGGGGCGAAGAAAAUCUUCUGCCAGGUGCUGGAGGCUUAUGCGUCCACCUGCAGGAAACACGGGGCUGUCGUGCAUGACUGGAGGACGCCAUCAGGCUGCUUGUUAGCCUGCCCCGAAAACAGCCACUAUGAAGCCUGUGGCAACGCCUGCCCAGCCACGUGCACCAACCGGGAUGCGCCCGCCAGUUGCACCCAGCCCUGUGUGGAGACCUGCGCCUGCAACGAGGGCUACGUCCUCAGCGGUGGCCAGUGUGUGGCGGUGGCCAGCUGCGGCUGCACCCACAAUGGUCGCUACUACCGUCCCGGGGAGGAGUUUUGGGCUGAUGAGGCCUGCCAAUCUCAGUGCAGGUGCGACCCGGAUUUGGCCAUGGUGGUGUGCAAGAAAGCUGGUUGCAAGGUGGGGGAGAAGUGUGACGUAGUGAACGGUGUGCGGCGGUGCGUGGCCAAGAGCCGCUCCAUCUGCGUGGCUACCGGCGACCCCCAUUACACCACCUUUGAUGGGCGCCGCUACGAUUUCAUGGGCACCUGCAUCUACCAGUUUGCUGCCCUCUGCUCCGAUGACCCCACCCUCGUCCCCUUCACCGUCACUGUGGAGAACAACAACCGGGGCAACCGUGUGGUCUCCUACACCAAGGAGGUCACCCUGAAAGUCUACAACAUGACCCUCAGCCUCAGCCAGGCACACCCCCAGAAGCUCAAGGUCAAUGGGAUCCUGGUGGAUCUGCCCUUCAACCAUGACAACAAGCUCCAGGCCUACCUCAAAGGUGUCCACGGCUUCAUCAAGACUGACUUUGACGUCAUAGUCACCUUCGACUGGUACAGCUACGCGAGAGUCAUCCUCCCCAACACCUACUCGGGGGCUGUGUGUGGCCUCUGCGGCAAUGCCAACAGCGACCCCCAGGACGACUUCACUUUGCCCAACGGGCAGCUGACUACUGACGAAAUCCAAUUUGCCGACUCCUGGAAGGUGGCCGACGUCCCCGGUUGCAGGGCCAGUUGCACCGAGGAUUGCGAAGUUUGCACCCAAGAGGAGAAACAAGCCUACCGGGGCGACAAACACUGCGGGCUCCUGGUGAAGAAGCGGGGACCCUUCACUGCCUGCCACAGCGCCAUCGACCCGGCUCCCUACUUCGAGGAUUGUCUUUUCGACACGUGCCUCUACAAGGGGCAUCAGGAAACCGUCUGCAGCUCCAUCAGUGCCUACGUCACCGCCUGCCAGAGCCAGGGCAUCAGCAUCAGGCAGUGGCGCACCGCGGCCCUCUGCA